AUGAACGUCGCAUUUUACCUCAUCUUUUUAACCUCCUCCGUCGGAGCGGCGUUCUACGAAGCUCCGAAAAAUCACUCCGUCCUACUAGGAGAUGACGUCACAUUUAGAUGUUCAGCGGAAAAGACCACCGAUUCACUUAUGUGAGUUCCUUGAGGAAUAACCAAUUUUUCACGUUACAACUGUUUUUUUCAAUUUAAGAAAAAUUUUUUUCAAAAAAUUUCUUGAAGUCUAAAUCAAAUUUUUGGAUUACAGAUAUAGCCAAUGGAAAAGCAACACGGGCUCGCUGCUUGGAUUCCACCAAGGAGGUCAGCUUCCUGGCCAUCAAGGUCGCUACAGCUACAUCAAAGUGAGAUCUUUCCAGCGUAAACGAAUAUAAACAACUUUUUCAAUGCAGGAACUUCCGGAAGAGCUGCAUCUAAGGAUAGAAAAGGUGCAGCUGGAAGACGACGGACAAUUUGAGUGCCAAAUGUUGCGACCCGAAGAAGGUCCUAUCCGCGCCAGUGCACACCUCAACGUAAUAGGUGGGUUUCCAGUGUCUUUUGGUCUUUAAGGAGACUUUUCCCGCCUAAUGACCGUCUCGCAUUAAUACAAACAAUGGUUUAUGGUGGUUUCAGUGCCGCCGACGUCGAUCUUCUUUAGCAACUACCAGUCCGGGAGUUCAAUUGAUGUGAAUGAGAACACAUCUUUGAAUAUUUCCUGCGUGGCUCCAAAUGUCAAGCCAGAGCCUAAAAUUACAUGGUAAUUUUUCUUGACUUAUGAGAGAAGUUUUGAAGAAAUCGAAAAAAUAUUGAUCCAGCAACUCCAUGAAUCAAGAUAGAAAAAAAUAAAGAGUUAAGGUUUCCGUAUGAAUUUUUUUAUUAGGAUGAAUGAUUUUUGUGAGUUUUUCUUAUAAUAAAGCAGCCAACUAUUCCAUGAACCCAAAAAAACUUGCCAAUCGACAUCUUAUUUAGUCGAGUCGUUUCGCACUCUGCAUAAUCAAAUGAUUCAGGUACAUGAACGGGAAAAGAAUCGAAGAUGGCAUCAAAAACAGCGUCAACUACAACUUGAACAAAACUGCAAACAGUUAUGCCAACUUAGAAAUCCAUCCAAGGUCGGUCAUUGAAUUAACUUUCUAGAAAGUUAUCCAACAUUUUCAGACGCGGAGAUCAUCACAAAAUCUUGACCUGUGAAGUUUUCCACGAGGAAAGCAACACGAGACUUCGAACCAACAUGACUCUCAACGUUUUCUGUGAGUUCAUCAUUUUCGAUAAGACCUAAACCUUUCUUUUACCGAAAAAAAAAACUCUGUGUUUUGCGUAAGAUGUUGCGGAUUGUAAUCCCAGAACGGAGUCCAGUACAGCUGGCGGAUUCCGUCGUGUCCACCCGCCAACACACACAAACACAGGGCGGCAAGCCUUUGAGUGAGCCAAGAUCCGAGCCGCGCACCUCUUGCGCUUCGAGAUGUAAAAUGGCGUCGGCCAACGGCAACAGACUUGCCAAAGUAGUUUACGACACCUUUGUCUUGGAUUGAGAGGUCUAAAGGUCUUAAAUCAGAAAGGAAUUUCUUAGAAUAUAUUCAAAACUCAAAGUAAAGAAAUUUGGCUUUUUUUUUUUGCUUUUGGGACUCAUUUCACAGUUUUUGAGUAUGAUUUCAGUAAUUGUUUGAUAUUUUGGAAAACAUUUUUUUUUUUCCUGAAUUUGUUGGUUUGAAAUUUUCACUGUUAAAAGCUCAAAAACUGUUCUAGAAGCAAUUAGAAAGCAAGAAAUUAUAUUAUCUACCUUUGGUGCAAAUCUAGAGUAGCCUGAAGAUUGGAAAUUUCGAAAAAAAAAAGCAGAAUUUUAAAUUUUUCCGAAACUUUCUGAAUGUUUAAAAUUUGAAAAAAGGUUCUGUGAAACAUUUCUAGGCCGAAGAGAAAUCAAUCGUACUGCCAUUGAAGACUUUCAAAGGCCUUUGUAGCUUAUUUUUUCAGGCCGUGAUCUGAUUACAGCAAACUCUGAAAAGUUGAAAAAAUAAUCUCAAUUAGAGUACUAAACCAAGUUCGGAAAACUCUCCUUUCAAAAGCAAACUGAAACUCGAAAGCAAAAGACUCGGUCAACUCGUAUGGGUAGUCGUACCUGCGAUAUGAAUCGCUUUGCAUCGCGACCACUCAGUUCUCGCUCAGCUUUUAUGGCCACCAAUAACAAUUGGCAAUAGCUCAUCAAUGGAGAACGGCCCACCGUUGAGCAUUACACUCCGGAUGCACGGCAUAUUGCGCUCUUCUCGAUAAUCUCUUCAAAAAGUGACAUUUGCUCCGAUUUACGAAGCUACCGAGAAACUGGAACGGCGUCGGAGUUUUUGGAGGGAGAAGAUUAAUUGGGAUCGAGGAUGCUUGGGAAUAUUGCUCUGUGAUGACAAGAAAUUGAGAAAAAAAAUGGCUUCUCGAAUUUUAAUUUAGUUUUUAAUUGAGGAGUAACUUCAUGUAGGAAGUGAGAAGAAUACGAAAGUUUCGAAAUUCAGUAAAAAAAACUUUUUUUCUCUAUCGCUCACUGUAAAUUCAUGAUUUUUUCUCAAAUCCCUCGGGUUUUUCAAUUUUUCUAACUUGCAGAUCCUCCGGAUGAACCUCAGGUCAAAGUUCUGAACGGCGACAUGUUCGUCCGAGCUGGCGACAACGUGACGAUGUCGUGCACGGUGACCGGCGGUAACCCGACGCCCAACGUCUCCUGGUUCCUCGGCGACAAGCUAAUCGACUCUCGAUUUGUUUUCGAUGCCACCACCCAGGUGAGUAAACAAAGUGUAUAUAUUUAUGGCAACUUGUCAAUCGCAUUAGCCGAAGCAUGGAGUUUAGCUCCCGAAAUGCGAUCCUGAUGAAAUAUUCCUCAGAAUUAGUUAUUUCCGUUUUUUCUAACAAAUUCAAACUGAGGCGAAGAUUUUCACACGGAAUAUUUCCCCUUCAAAACAUGUGUUGCCGAAACGCGCGAGACGUUGAUAAAUGGUCAAGUGCUGAAAAAAGGUGACCUGUCGGAUUUUGUAAGGGUUCUCUGGGGACCAACAGAUGGCAGCCGGCGUCGCCUUUGACUCUCGUGGGUACGUGUUUCAACCGGGUCAAUGAUCCUGUCGCCCCGCUUCUUGUCUUAUUUGGAUACAGAGAAGUCUACAGAAUUGUGACGAAGAAAAAGGCCAAAAAAAUUCUUAUUUUUUAAAAAAAAUUCAGUAAUAUUCAUUCCUGAACGAUUUCUCUAUCUCAAGUCAAUUUUCAUUUGUCUUUUAGUAAAAAUUAUUUAUUUUUUAUACUCUUGAAUGAGCUUGUUUUAUAAUUUUUAGACUUUCAUUGUAAAUGAUGUUUGAUAUCAAUUCGUGAUACUCCACACCUUCACGAAUACUGCGAUGAACUCACAACUUCAGAAAACCAACCAAACUUCGAAAUAAUCAAGACAAUAUUAGAAAACAGCCAUUUUGGAGCUUUCUUGGUUUGUACUGCGAGUAGGGAGCAAAAAAAAUCAGUUGAUUUUCCGCGAGUACAACUGAAGCGUGCCCACGCCUCUGUGCGGUCCUCCAGGGAGCGAUACCCGAACAACUUCUGCUGAAAAAAAGCGGUGAGAAUAAGCGCAAAAACCGACUCGCAGAUGAUUGAUGUAUCUGCGGCCGCUUUUUCAGCGUAUGUUUCCCUAUUUGUGAACGGAAUUAAAUAGCAGUCGCGAGGAUUCAAACUGAGGGCUGUUCAGAACGCCAUCGUGUGGGUUCUUCCCUAAGAAUUGCAUUUUUGUUUUCUUGAGGGAAACUUCUCAAAAUUAUCAAAAUCCAUGUAUCUGUAGGCAAUGCUUUUCUAAUGAAGCAAAACUGAAAGGCCAGCCGAUCCUUACGGACCGACAGAUGUACAUUGCAUAAUCUGUGUGGUAUUGCGUGAUGCAUCUGCCGCCAGCCUACCAUGACAAAUCGCCGAGAUCUAUAGACAAGCCGACAAUUGAAUUAAUUAGCUGAAUUCAAUUCAGAAAGAAAUGAUUUCAGGAAAGCCGCAAUAUCUACUCACUGAUUGCUGGUCCUAACGACAACUUGGCCAACUAUGAAUGCAGAACAUACAACCGUAUUGGCAUGGAGCCAAUCAGGAAAUCGGUCCGGAUAGAAGUUGCUUGUGAGUGUUUUUCUGCCUAAAAUCUAAGAGUUCAUCGAUGAAUUUAAUUUUCCAAUGAAACCUUGGGAACAAUUUUCGCGAAAAAAACAUAAAACAUUUCUUUUAAAAGUAAUUUUGAUUCAGAAUCACUGGUAAAGAUUCUAUCAUUUGAGGUAUAAAGGGUAUGGAUUCGCUCUUCUUUCAUUUUGACUUAAAUUUCCCAUUUCAAGUUCUUCCUCUUCUUAGAGAUGAAUAAGCCGCAACUUUUGAACCGGAAAAAUGACAAUUUUCAACGAUAGUUUUUUUAAACGAAACUCUGUUUUGUCUAUACCAUCUUUUAUUACGUUGACGUAUGGCAAUACUCGUAAAAAAUCCAAGUUGACCAAAUAGUUUCAAACCGAGCUGUAGACUUUCUCAGCUUUAAUAGUUUCCGAGAAACUGUGUUCUCACGGUAACGCGUUCAAAUUAAUUUGAACGCUCCCCCGUGAAAAUCACACGCUUAACGGUUUGGUAAAUAUUUGAGUUUACAGAUGCUCCACCAGGCGUUGAAAUGUUCGGUGAAGUGAAUAUUCGACAGGGCGCCGUUGCGAAUGUCCAAUGCAGAUCACUGUAAGUCGAUGUUUGGGAGAUUUGAAACAGAACGUCGGCAAACACGCGACACGCGCGAUAUUUGUUAACACAUGCAUAAUUCAAUUCAUAAAUGGUUGCCGGCUGCAGUGAUUGUGUUCAUAAAUGGCCGUUGAAUUCGAGAACAAACACUUUCGACGGGACUGUUGUUAAUUGCGUCAGGAGACAGCAAUGACUAAUUGAUGCGAUGGCCCCAGGAGUUGCAUAAGCGGACAAUCGCGCGCCGGAUUUGACCAAAUGUCACUCCGACUUCAAUUUAUCUUACUCUUUUUCUUCUUUCUGUCAUAAAUGACUAGGAUAGGGCUUCGAGUUUGCAUAGACUAUGAAAAGAUGAAAAUAUCGAAUACCGAAAAAUGGAAUUUUUUCAGACCAUCAAAUCCAGCUUCCCAAAUUUCCUGGCUUGUCAAUGGACAUCCGGUGGCUACGACAGUUCAAAAUGAGUACUCAAAGGUGAUUUUUUAUGAACAUUGGAAGAUCGUUUUUAUACUUUACAGAAAUAGCUUAGAAAAACCGUAAAAAAAAAUUGUAGGACCACGGAAAAACUUCAAUCUCCAACUUGACCAUCAACUCUAACGAAAUCAACGUUGGAAAACAUCAAAUCAGUGUCGAGUGCACCGCAAGAAAUAUUGAAGGCUCCAGUUCGAAACAGCAUAUCAUAAAGAUUUUAGGUAUGUCAUAGCUCUCUUUAUUUUUCUUUCAAUAGACAAUUUGAAGCUCCUCCUCUGGCUCCUCGUAUCACAGGACUCGAUGAACUCUACUACUUCGAAGGAGACACUGUUAACGUCACCUGCGAGGCUCACGGGGGAAAUCCGCUCGCUGAGCUUUCCUGGUACCGCGGUUACGAAAAGGUGAGUCAUCAAAUUCAUUAAUUCUCACUAACACACUUACUAACCCAUUUUCUGUUAAGACUACAAUGAAGGGAAAGAGGAAGCCAAAAUGGGCAAAGGUAAAUUUUGAAGCGCUUUUCAAUGUUUCGCUUUCGAUGUUGUGAUUCAUAUACCUUCUUCUCUCUGUACGAAUGGAGUGAUCCACGCUAGUUGAAACAUUUUUGAUGUCAAUUUUCAUAAACUUUCAGAUUGGAGGAGCUCGAAACGCAGUUGCCGGAGAUUCUUCAGUCUCUACGCUUUCUUUACGGUUGGACCGUACUAUGAAUACGCAGAGAUUGAAGUGUGAAGCCAUGAAUGCCGCCUUGGACGAUCCUUUGGUCGAUUCGAAGCAACUGAAUGUAUUUUGUUAGUUUUCAAAAUUUUAAUUUUUUUUCUUGUUUCAGGGCGCUGAAAAAAAAUUUUGAAAAAACUGUUAGUUCACUAGUUUUUGAUUUAUUUUAGACGCACCAAGAAGAUUAGUCAUCCGCCCACCUGACGGAAGCGGACACCAUCUUCUCGUCGGAAAACAAGCCAGACUUCUUUGUGCCGCUCCAGCUUCAAAUCCAGCGCCUCAAAUCAACUGGUAUUUCUACCCGAAUGGAGACUCCAAUCCUCUAAUUUACAACGGCGAAACCAUUCUCAAUGAAACGUCAGUUUAUUUUGAUAACCUCCAGUUCAUGUAGAAUUUCAGCACCCGAGAAGCAGGCUACACUGUUGAAAACGUUGUGACUUUUGUCCCGACUGAAGCUCACGACGGUACAAUCGUGAGAUGCGUGGCGAGUCAUUCAGACUGGAAGCAUUCUAUCAAUUCCACCUACCCUCUCAACGUUCUUUGUGAGUCAAAAACGUUGAGCUAGCAGUCGCUUAUUUUGAAAUUUUCAGACCCACCUCGAAUGUUGGUAGACAAUCCAGUCAGCAUUGUGGUGGCUGAGGGAGAAUCUUUCCGGGAGAAUUUGACAGUGAAGGGAAAUCCUGCAGUUUCCGCAUGGCAGUGGCGCAAAAAUGGAGUUCCUUUUGAUCACACAAUUGGAAAAGUUUUCGCCAGAGGAGCAGCUCUUUCUGGCAAAAAUUUGAAAGUGAGUUGAACGUCAAUAAAAAUUUUGCCUUUGCACUUUUUUGGUUUUCUCAAAUUUUCAUAACUUUUAGAUUAAUUAUCUAUUGGGUUCGUCGUUUGUCGCCCAUAAAAACCAAUAAAAAAGUUGUUUCGAGGGAUAAAUCAGUUUUUUUCAAAAUUUCCCAAUAAAGAGAUUCCAUUUUCCUGGGGAAGGGCGGGAGAAGAAUUUUAUAUAAGUUUCUGGACGCAGUUAUACUUUUUUGUUGAGCUUCAUUAUUAACUACCAUCCAUUCACUUUUUAAUCGUCUAUCAUAUUUUGUUUGAGUCUAUCGAGAAACAAUUCAUUCAUCAGGUUUGAGUAUUCGGCACGUUUUAGUUUAUUUUCUUAGACUUAACUUAUCAAUAUUGAAUAAUUUGAUUUUAACAGAGUACGGAUGCUGGAAUCUACACAAUGGUGGCAACGAACAGCGUCGGCAACACAAACAUUUCAAUCAAGCUGACCGUCGAGUAUGGCGCAAGAGUAGGAUAAUCGGGAAGAGAAAAAUAAUAGCGUCCGAUUCACAGAUCACGAGCAUUUCUUCCCCGAUUAUCGCGUCAGACGGGGACACUGUGCUGCUGGAAUGCGAGGCAGAUGGCGAGCCCAAGAGAGCGGACAUGGUCCAGUGGUGGCGCAACGGCGCACAGGUAUCGUUUGUUGCACAACGCCAGAGCUCGAACCCAUCAAUUCAUGGCUCCCAUAAACGGCACUUCUGCCAGAUUUCUAGCGGUGAAGGCUUGGGAAAUUUCUUUUGCAACCUUGCUAAUAAUCAAAAAAUUUUCGAUUUCAGCCCAAAAAAUCCGUAAAUUCCUCGACAUAACUCGAAAAAGUUUGAAUUUUUGGCGUUUCAUUUUUCGCAUCAGCCAAAAAAGCCCGAAUAAGCAGGAUAAUCAAAAAAAAAAGCUUCAAACUGCAAAAACUUAUAUGAAUGAGAAUAAGGUUUAUAUAUUUUGAACUUGACUUCAUGCUAUCCCACUUAAAUGCAAAAUUGAUGCAGACACAAAAAUGUGUCUUACUAGCAAACAAUUUUUAGCCCCCGGUUGAGCUUUUGAUAAAAGUGACCUUCGGACCCCCUGAUUACAAAACAUAAAAAAAAUUUCUCCAAUAGAUCUCGUUUUCGAGUUGUGAAGCUUCAAAGUCCGCAAAAUACUCUAAUUAUGGCAUAAGCGCUAUUUCAAGCCUUCAAAACCUCCCAUUCUCAAUUAUUAAAAUUUCAGAUGGAGUCCAUACACCGAGGAGACACAAGAGCUGUGUUGCGAUUGAACGCUACUCAGAAAGCCUCAGGAGAAUAUAUCUGCCGUGCCAACAAUGGAAUAGCAGCGCCUGCAGAAGGAAAAGCCUAUGUUUUAGUUAACUCAGCUCCUCGAGUUCUCAUUCUACCAGCUCUGGCAAAAGCUGCUGGAUCACUAGGUGAGGCUCAAAUUUGAUUUGCUCAGAGGUUGAUACUCUGUUUCAGGAGGCGUUGCUCGAGCUCGUUGUCGUGCUCAGGCGGUCCCUGUAGCGGACUUCGUCUGGGACCGUGGAGGUCAAGUCAUCAAAGGAAACAGCUCUAAGUACUCCAUGAUCACCUCUCAACUUGACUAUUUCACUUUUGAGGUAAAGCUUUUUCUGAAAAAUUGAAAAACAGAACUUUCUCAGAGCACUCUAUGGAUCAAGAAUCUGGUGCCCGAAGACUAUCACAAAGAAAUCCGAUGCACGGCAAAAAACAACUUUGGCAUGGAUUUCAACAAGAUACCGGUUUUCCGAAGCUUCGUAAAAUUUUUCUCAUCUCUUUGUUUCAGAUUGGACCUUUAUCUCCACCAGACACUCCUGUCACUGUUAAAAUGACAAACUCAACAUCAAACACCAUUUCGAUCGUGUGGGAGCCUGGAUUCGAUGGAGGCUCAGACCAGAUAUUUGAAAUCAAAUAUCAAAAAUAUAACGAAGAUUUGGUUCAUUUGGUUAACACAACGCACACGGUAACACUCCCGAGUUUCAUGGUUACUGAAAUCUUGAUUUUCAGAACUUGCGAUUGUCUGGGUUAUCACCUGCCAAAGUGUACGAAUUCCAAGUGAGAGCAAUCAACGCCCGUGGAUUUUCCUCGGAUUGGACGCGACCACCUCUCACCUUGGCAACGUUGAAUGAAGACGGUGUGGACGUUGCGAUGGUUCAAGCAAAAGUAAAAAUCGAAAGCUCAUAAAAAGAAAAAUGGAAACUUAAGAAAGCUAAUUGGGGACAGUGGCUUCCUCCAAUCGCAGGAUUCGUUGUUCUUCUCGUUCUCCUCAAUGUCUGCCUUGGGCUUUAUGUGUGCAGUCGACAAAGAAAGAAGAAGCUGAGAGGUUAGAUUUCUGAUUUUAAAGAAAUUUUCCAUCGGAAACUUCCAGAAAAGACUGAGAUGGUGAGAACGGCCAUCAAUGGUGGCGGAGUAAGACCUGUUCAAAUGUACGGUACUAUGAUGCAGGUUCAAAACUCCUUUCAUAUAAAAUUCCAAAAUUUUAUCAUUUUUAGAGCGAUGGCCCAGGUCAUACAAGGCUUGAAACAGACGAUGUGCCAGAUGUUAGUGAAGACGAUCAUUCUGUAAGAACUAUGAUUGUGAGUGACUUUUUUUUUGAUAGAUAAUCUAUGAUUUUUUUUCCAGGAAGUCAGUCCAAAUGGCUACAUGCAGCCGAUAGAUCCUUGUAUCUAUGAAAGAAGCUGCUUGGUAGAAUACGAAUUCGAUCGUGAGAAAAGCAAUAAAAUUAUGUAAAAAAAGUAAUUUUUUUCAGCUCACUACUCCAACAACAGACAUGGCACAAUUGGGAGGUCUUCGAACAGCACCUACACAAAUAUGCCUUAUCCUGUAAGUUAUAUCCGGAAAAUGAAGAUAUCGGAGAAUGGUGCAAGUUGAAGAUUUACUAGAAGAAAGUAAGCAGAUGAUAAAUUGGACCAGAUACAGUAUCGUCAGAAAAGAUGCGAAAGAAUCGGUUCCGGUCACAACUUUCUCGUAAGGAUUCUAUCUUCCGGAUAGUUUCAGAAGCUGCGUUCUUUUUCUGUGAGCUGAACAUUAUCAGAGUGUUGAACUUAACAGUCAUCACAACUCCAGAAAAGUUCAGAAAGAUUAAAUUCCUUACAAGAAAACCCGUUUUUAUGUAUCUUUUAUGACGGUACUGUAAUUUCAAAUAAAAAAUACUAUUUUAUGAUCAUCUGUGAGCACUAUACUUCCGAAAUUUUUGUCUCUCAGAAUAACGUCUCCGUUUUGAAAUGGCUCGGAAGACAUUAUGCUCGGUCAAUAGGAAACGAAGUUCUACCAGAGUAGCCAAAAUGAGCAAUUCAGAAACUCGGAGUAAUUAGAUCGGUUUUGCAGGAACCGCCGCGAGACACGUCAAUCUACCCAGACCGAUCGUUGACUCGCCGACAACUCGGCACUCCCAACAACAACAACAGUCCGCAGCAUCAUCUCAGCACUUUCAUACACCCUUCAGGCGUUCGCGCAGGUCCCAUCCACUAUUCCCAACUUGACGGCGAUCUUGUUUGA